AUGAUUGCGGAUUCCGCUCAUAAUAGCACGUGCACAUUCUACGAAUGGUCACGGAAUCCUGCCCAUGCUAAAUUUUUCCGAAUAUUUUCCAUUACUUCGGUGCUAAUGGUGCUAGUAGUUGUCGUCAUACUUGGAAAUGCGCUAGUAAUUGCUGCAGUGCUUUUACGUCGAAGACUACGCUCUGCAACUGGGCUACUUAUUCUGUCGCUAGGUAUAGCGGAUCUUCUGGUAGGAACGGUGAUCCUUCCAUUCAGCAUCGCCAAUGAAGUACUAAACGGAUACUGGAUAUUUGGGGAGGCUUGGUGCACUAUAUGGUUGACGAUGGAUAUAUGGAUGUGUACAGCCUCUAUCUAUAAUCUUGUUGCUAUAUCAAUCGACCGAUACAUAGCCAUAAUCAAGCCACUUAACUAUCCGAUCUUAGUGACGAAAUUUCGUGCUCGAUGUACUGUCGCAGUUGUAUGGAUGGGCUCAUUUAUUAUCUGCAGUCCAAGUUUCUUCCUCGCUUCAUCUAUUAAGGAUAUCUAUCAAGAACCCUGCAAAUGUACACCUGCUAAUGCCGGACAAGUUUACAUCACCUUUAGUGCUUCUAGCAGCUUCUACGUACCUAUGAUCAUUGUUACAUUCGUAUAUUGUCGUAUUUAUAUUGCUGCCAGAGGUGCAACAAAAAGCAUGUACUCAGGAAUAAUGCAAGUGACUAAAGUGAAUAAGAACACUAAAAGUCACUUUAUAAACCAUCCCAAUGUAUGGUCCAAAGACUCGCUUCCUAUACUACGAGUAAAUGCUUACAACGGAUCAGACACUGUCUUAAAUGAAGGAAUGAAAUUACAACGAGGAAGCAACGCAAUCCCUUCAAGAGAAAAAUUCACACUGGCACAAACAAAACUACAACUGCCAACUAAACUGAAUAAAAACCCACUAAGAAAGAUCAAACGCCGCGUGAAGACUAAAAGUAGUUCCGCUUAUGAAAAACGUCUUUCAGUUGAGAUUAAAGCGGCGAAGACAGUAGCAAUUGUCACAGGAUGUUUCAUAUUCUGUUGGCUGGGAUUUUCAUUACUCUACGGGCUUGAGCUGCAAGCGAACGACGUCGUUUGGUCAGUGCUGUUCUGGUUAGGAUAUUUAAAUUCAGCAUUGAACCCUAUCAUCUACACUGUAUUCAACCGUGAAUUUCGUCUAUGUUUCAAAAGGCUUCUUAGAUGUCACUAUUUAAACCAUCCUCCGAAUACUACUAAGGUAAGUCAGAAGCACAUUUUCGGUGUAGUUUGUCUCGAAAUAAAAUGA